AUGGGAAACUCCCAUGGUCAUGGACAUGGACGUCACCGCAAGUUCAGUAACAACGGAAACGUCCCUUCCCCCGAUAAAACUGCUUCAGCUCCAUCCCCAUCGCAGCCUGUACCACCCUUUAUUUAUCAACCCCAAUACCCUCAAAUUCCCACCUCAUUAACUCACGCACCCAUUAUGGCUACCUCUUUGCCUUACCGUCACGUAGACUAUGCCUUACGUGCUCUUGCUGGCCAAGCCGAGGGGUUUGGUCGCUGUGCCAUUGGUGGCCUCCAUGGCCCCAUUCAUCACGUCACCACUUUAGCGGAUGAUGGGCCUGGAUCACUUAGGGAUGGAUGUCGGAAAAAAGAGCCUCUUUGGAUCGUCUUUGAAGUAUCAGGCACCAUUCAGCUUGGAUCUUACUUGAAUGUCUCAUCUUAUAAAACCAUUGAUGGCCGGGGUCAAAGAAUAAAACUUACGGGCAAGGGUUUGCGGCUGAAGGAAUGUGAGCAUGUUAUUAUAUGCAAUCUAGAGUUUGAAGGUGGUAGAGGACCUGAUGUUGAUGGAAUUCAGAUAAAACCCAAGUCAAAGCACAUAUGGAUAGAUCGUUGCAGCCUCCGUGAUUAUGAUGAUGGACUGAUAGAUAUCACACGAGAAAGCACAGAUAUUACUAUUUCUAGGUGUCACUUUGUGCAACAUGACAAAACAAUGCUCAUUGGAGCUGAUCCUACUCAUGUUGGUGACAGAUGUAUUCGGGUAACCAUUCACCAUUGCUUUUUUGAUGGAACCCGGCAGCGCCAUCCUCGUGUUAGAUUUGGCAAAGUACAUUUAUACAAUAGUUACAUCAGAAACUGGGGCAUUUAUGCUGUUUGUGCCAGUGUAGAGGCACAGAUAUACUCCCAAUGCAACAUAUAUGAAGCAGGGCAGAAGAAGAUAGCAUUUAAGUAUCUUUCUGAGAAGGCAGCUGACAAAGAGGAAGCAAGGAGUGGCUGCAUAAGGUCUGAAGGGGACUUAUUUGUUACUGGAACGCAAGCAGGAUUAAUGCCCGAGGAUGGUGAAUUCUGUAUGUUUCAUCCCAGUGAAUAUUACCCCACGUGGACCGUAGAACCUCCUACAGAUAGUCUUAAACAGGUUCUCCAGCAUUGUACAGGAUGGCAGUGUGUUCCACGGCCAGCCGAUCAGCCAUUAGCUGCACAGUGA